AUGACGGAAACGCUCUUCAGGUUGAGAUUAAAUAAAGCACUAGCAAAUGCUUGGGCCCCAACUCCGUUCCGCGCCCUCACCAGCUUCUGCUUUUUGGUCGCACAUUUUCGUAAGGUAGUCGAAUCGGACACAAGAGCUGUUGACUGGCAUGACCUGAGGAUCCGAGUAAUCGACGAAACGACCACCGACACGGCCUCCGUCAGAAUGGGCAGCGGCGGUUGUGUGAAAAGGCGGAAGUGGGCGUUGCACAAGCGGGCCCCGCUGACCCGCUUCUACGCCACAGCUCGAAGAGGCCUUUUAUUCCUCUAUUGCGGCCGCUUUGUCGCUUCCACGUUCGCC